UCAGAGAGCUCUCAAGAUCAAUUACCACCCAAUCUUUUGCUAAUUUUUUAUGAUAGGUCAGGUCGCCUCACUUUAUUUUUAUAUUCUUUUAUGCUCUGUGGGAGAGGGGCAAAAUAUGUCUAGACAAAACUCCGUCCGACAAGACCCCGUCCAAUACCAUUCGACAAGGGAGCUUCCUGUUGAGUUUUGCCCUGACACUUUCUUUUUUAAUGUUUUUUGCUUUAAAAUUUGUUCAAUCCUUAUUUCUAUUUUUAAUUAAAAAAAAAUUAUUUUUCAGAAAUUAAAUUUUCGAUUUUAAAAAAUGGCUUCAAUUUCUUGCCUUAAUCCAAAUGCUGAACUUGCUCGAAAUACAGCUGCACUUGAAAUGAACAUUAGCGGUGCUAAAGGACUCCAAGAAGUUAUGAAAUCGAAUUUGGGACCUAAAGGAACACUCAAAAUGCUUGUUUCUGGUUCUGGCGAUUUGAAGGUUACCAAAGAUGGAAAUGUUCUUUUACAUGAAAUGCAAAUUCAACACCCAACAGCUUCACUAAUCGCCAAAGCAUGUACUGCCCAAAAUGACGCAACAGGGGAUGGAACGACUUCUACAGUUUUGUUAAUUGGAGAGUUGUUGAAACAAGCGGAACUUUAUAUUAGUGAUGGAAUGCAUCCACAUUUAAUAACUGAAGGGUUCCAAAUUGCUUAUAAUGCUCUAUGCAAAUUUUUGAUUGAAUUUCGAAAAGAAUUGCCAAUUGAAAUAAAUUUGUUAGUUGAAGUAGCUCAAACAGCUUUACGUACAAAAUUGGAACUUAAAUUGGCUAAUCAUAUAACUGAAUGUGUUGUUGAUGCAAUUUUGGCUAUUAGAAAGGAUGAAAAGGAUUUUGAUCCGGAUUUGCAUAUGAUUGAAAUUAUGCAAAUGGAAAAUGAAAUGGAAUCUGAUACAAAAUUUAUUCGUGGUUUAGUAUUAGACCAUGGUGGUCGUCAUCCUGAUAUGCCUAAAAAUUUGACUAAUGUUUUUGUUUUGACAUGCAAUGUUUCUUUGGAAUUUGAAAAAACUGAAGUCAAUUCCGGUCUUUUUUAUAAAACAGCAGCUGAAAGAGAAGCUUUAUUACAAGCUGAACGUGAAUAUAUUACUAGACGUGUGUUAAAAAUAAUUGAACUUAAGAAACAAGUUUGUGGUGAAAAAGGAAAGGAAGAUGCUUCUUUUGUUGUUAUUAAUCAAAAGGGAAUAGAUCCUCCAAGUUUGGAUUUGCUCGCAAAAAAUGGAAUUUUGGCAUUACGCAGAGCUAAGCGCCGAAAUAUGGAACGUUUACAAUUAUGUUGUGGUGGUACUGCUGUUAAUUCUGUUGAUGAUUUGACGCCUGAAGUUCUUGGAUGGGCUGGGAGUGUUUAUGAAUACAUUUUGGGAGAGGAUAAAUACACCUUUAUAGAAGAUUGCAAAAACCCAAAAUCUGUCACGCUUUUAUUGAAAGGCCCAAAUAAGCAUAGUGUUGGACAAAUCAAAGAUGCUAUUUAUGAUGGAAUUCGAGCAGUAUUUAAUGUUUUGAAAGAUGGUGCUGUUGUUCCUGGAGCAGGUGCUUUUGAAAUUGCUGCGUAUUGUACUCUUAAAAAGUUAGCUGACACUGUUAAAGGACGUGCUAAACUUGGAGUUUUGGCCUUUGCAGAAGCUAUUUUAGUUAUACCAAAAACACUUGCAGUCAAUGCUGGACAUGAUGCACAAGAAGUUAUUGUUAAAUUGGUUGAAGCUUAUAAUAAUAAUUUGUCGUCAUCUUCUACUGAUUGUAUUGGUCUAGAUUUGGAAAGUGGGGAAGCUUGUAUUUUACAGGGUGUAUGGGACAAUGUUCGUGUUAAACAAGCAAGUUUAGCUGCAGCAGUAACUAUUGCAAGUAAUUUACUUGAAGUAGAUGAAGUUAUGCGUGCUGGAUUGCGUGAUUUGAAAGGUGGAGCAGGAGGAGGACAAUAA